ACAUUUCACUCACGAUAAAUAUGAAAACUUUUAUUUUGAAGUAGUCAGAGCGGAAGUCUUGCUGCGUUGGUCUGACCCAAGUCAACGUUUGUUUCCGGAAGCCAAAGGAUACUAGCUACCCUGCGACUUUUAUUUGUAGGCGCUUUCCCUUGUUCGAGCUCUCCAUCGUGCUGAAACUACAACAAAUCAAUACUGUACGCUUCAGCCUCAGCUGACGAGCGAGGAAGCUCACUUCACCCUGUUGUCAGCAGGACCCGACUUUCUUUCUCCGUCCACCCUGGCGUUCCCCUGUUUCGAUGGAGUGUAUCUCCCAAAACAAGAAAACAACUUCUUGCAUCAUGUCCUGGAUGAGCUGGAAACAUACCAACAGAAAAACAGCCACAACAGUGUGCUGCUGUUUCCUCCCUUACCCAGCAGACUGCGAUACCUGAUUCACAAAAUCAUAGAAGACCUGCCAGAGCUCACCACCUUCUCAGUAGGGGAGAGCUGGUGCCGUAGGGUGGUGGUCUGCCCUUGUGAGCUCAGGAGUGAGGUAGAGGAAGACAGCGACUUGGAGAGCAACAGCAGCUUGUGUGAAGAGCCCCUAAGUAUUAGGGAAGAGAGGGAACGCAAUAUCAAGCCUAAACCUUCAAUCCCACCACGAAGCCGAGCACCUAAGAGGCCCGACAAGCCCCUCUACAUGCCACGAGCCGCUCGAGAGAGGCUGUCGUUACGAAACUCACAAGGCUCCACAGCUGGCUCUGAGUCAUUGAGUUCAGCUUGUGUUGAUAGAAGCUCUGUCAACAGUUUGUCUGACUCUUGUACUUGUCCUGAAUCUAUAGAAAACACAAAGCACUCACUAUCUAAACAGGAAUCAUUCCCCAGUGUAGCAGACAGAGUCCCUAAACUGUCUGCAGACAGUUCAGCAAUGUGUCCUCAUGAAGAAGAAAAGUUGGUGCUCAGGCUGGAUGAAGAUGAAGCUUCAGUCUUGGAACAGACUCAGUCCCAGUUUGCUGAACUGACUGUGGAGGAGGAUGAGAAGGAGAAGGACGAGACUGCAAGUGUGUCACGCAGUCUCCAGACAGAAGACGCAAGCACAGACAAAGAUGGUGUAACUGCAGAGAUCAAGGCACAUCUAAAAGAAGGAGUCUCUGUUGCCAUUGAGCACGUCCACAAUGACUACUCUAUGUAUGAGAAUGUUUCCAUCGACUCAGACGACUUUCGCCACGUGAUUGAGAUCUAUGACUUCCCGGUUAUGUUCAAGACCGACGACCUUCUUGAUGCUUUCUCAGAGUACAGUGAUGGUGGAAUGAAGAUCAAGUGGGUGGACAACACACACGCUUUAGGGAUUUUUUCCAGCGAGUCAGCAGCACUCCAUGCUCUCUCUAUCUGCCACCCACUGCUAAAGGCGCGAGCACUGGCUGAUGGGAGUAAAAAAGCUCAAGGCAAGGCCAUCAGACGAGCAGAGUUCAUCCAGCCAGUGAAGGAACGUCCGAGGACAGACUGUGCUGUUGCUAGGCGGAUGGUAACCAGAGCCUUGGGCAUUCAGGGGCGAGGCAGAGUGCAGCGAUAUUGAGGAGUGCCAACAUCCACUACAGGUCCAGCAGAGGUCUGCCCUCCUUUCACUUCCUUUCCUUUCUCUGAAGAGACUCAAAGUGGCCAUGUUUGAAUCAGUGACCAUGCUGAGUGAUGACUGCUCACCCUCACUGAUCAGCACAGCAGGCACAGUUAAGAAGAGGCCUGAGAGUUUAAUGCCCAUGCCGCCAUCAUCAUCAUCCAUCAUGAAUGAUCUUUGAGCAGGAGCUGCUGUGCUGUAUUUGAAGCUGACCUCUGACCUUUGUACAUUACUGCGGUGGUGCCUCUUUUUCACUGUUAGCCUGACUAAUAAUGCAAUUAUCAUAGUGAUUUCAGAUGGGAGGCAUAUUUUGAUUUUAUUGCAUGCUGACUCAGAACCUGAAAUUUCUUUCAAGGGUGUUUGAUUUCCAGGCAGGUUUUUUUUUUUUUGUUUCAGAUUAAUUGGAAGGAUCCAUGGAUGGAUGGGUGUGUUUUUUUUCCCCUGUUCUCGCUCUGCUGAUGCAGGUGAUGAUUUUGUUGUGUAAUUCUACAGAAGUAUUCAUUCCUUUUUAACUUCAUUUGAAGUAUCUCAGGAUUUGGUCAGAAAAGUACAUUGUGUAUAAGAGUAAUGCAGAUCCGCUAACAAACAGAUUUCAUAAAUAAGAUAAAACACUAUUUGUUUUUUUAAUUCUAAGAUUUUAAGUUUCCGUUUCUGUUUUAAAAACACUUUUUUUUAAAGUUGUAUAAUAAUAGAUUGUUACCUGUGUAAUUAACACACAAAUACUUAAAGUAUAAAGUUCUUCACAUUACAGGAAGCUUUGGUAGGGAGCUUUGACACGUUCAGUGUUACCUGUUCCUCUAAUGUUAUGUUGGCUUGUUUUAAUGCCAUUUUUGUCACUGAUGUCUCAUCAAACAUCUCCUGUUUGUAAAAUAUCAAAAUGUCAUUGAGAAACUGUCAAAGUUUGUAUUUAGUAAAGGUUCUACAUAAAAAGGAGGCUUCCUCUGAAAUCA